AUGUCCAGAGCAUCAGAACAUUUCUGUGUCAUCGUUCACUCUCAGUUCUCUCAGCAUCUUCCAAACAUCAUCCUCAAAAUCAUCAGUUCAUUCACUCCAGAACCUCAGACUCUCCUCAGUCAAACUGUGGGGCAGGUUUGGUUUGAGAGGAGCCGCUGUUUCUCCAGGUGUGAGAACGUGCAGGAGUUUGUGGAUCUUGAGUUCUUUGUGGAUCUUGAGUUCGUGGAUCUUGAGUUCGUGGAUCUUGAGUUCGUGGAUCUUGAGUUCGUGGAUCUUGAGUUCGUGGAUCUUGAGUUCGUGGAUCUUGAGUUCGUGGAUCUUGAGUUUGUGGAUCUUGAGUUUGUGCAGAACAGCGUCUGUGUCUUGGGUUUGGAAUAUUUUGAAAUCGUUUGGAGACUUUUGGAGACGUUCAGAGAUGGAGCUGUGGAGGGUGGGGCUGUGGAGGGUGGGGCUGCUGGUCUGGCUGUGGACCUCUGCAGGAGGACAGGAGCCAGAGCGGCGGUCAGUGUCCUGUGUCGUCAUGGAGACCUGUGUCCUUCCCUGCAGAUUUGGAUCGGGGCUUCGCUCAUACUGAUCCAGUGGGUCAAAACUGACCCGGAUCUUCUGGUUCACGCUUUCCAGGACGGCACAGAUCAGCUGGAGAGGCAGGCUGAGACCUUUAGGGGGCGCACUUCCCUGUUUCCGGAGCAGAUCUCUGGAGGAAACGUCUCUCUGCAGUUGUCCCACGUGAAGGUGUCUGACCAGGGCUCAUACCUCUGUCAGACCUUCACCAGCAGCUCUGGAGGAAAGACCUGGGUCCAGCUGAGUGUGAAAGGUCCCGUGUCGUUCCUGCACUUGGAGCUUAAAGGAGACGUUCUGGUCUGCAGCUCUGAGGGCAUCUACCCUCAGCCCGCCGUGACCUGGACCCCUGACUCCGCCCACCAAACCCAGACGCGGCCAAUGGGGGAUCAGCUCUACUCCGUCAGCAGCUCGCUCGCCCUGGAGCUCCGCCCCCCUCAGAGGUUCACCUGUAACAUCAGCACGACCCACAGCUGGAAGAGCGCCACCUACAGCCUGAACCCUCCAGUGGAGAUGUCCUCAGACGUGACUCUGCCCUGCUCCUCCUCUUCUGCUCCGUCUGCUCCAGUCAAGAGCCUGAGUUGGACCUUCAACCGCGUCCAGAGCGUCCUGAGCCGGAGCGGAGCGGACGUGACCUACGGCGCCCCCUGGAGGCCGUUUGUGGAGCGCCUGUCAGAGUCAGGCGCUCUGAGUCUGAAGGAGCUGAGCCCAGAGCAGGAGGGCGAGUACCUGUGUGAAGUCCACACGCAGCAACAAAACUACAUCUCCAGCACACAACUGCGACGCACAAAGGAGGCAGCAGAGGGCCCUGGGGCCCCUGCAGCUGUGAUCGGAGUCUCAGUGUGUGUGGUCCUCGUCCUGGCUGGAGUCGUGGUUUUCUUCCUGUGGAAACGUCGACAGAACAAAAAGGCCCAAAAUGGAGCUGCAGAAGAACAACAAACGUUGGAUGGGGCAGAGCUGCGUAAACUCUCAGAUCUGAGGAAGUACUCCUGUGACGUCUCUCUGGACCCAAACUCAGCUCACAGACGCCUGAGGAUGUCUGACCACCAUCGAACUGUGACACUUGUGAAGAAGAUCAAUGAGCAGAAGUAUCCAGAUCAUGAGGACAGGUUCACAGGCUUUAACUUUCAGGUCCUGAGCUGCACUGGCCUGAGGGGGCGCUGUUACUGGGAGGUGAACUGGAGCGGGUGGGUUUUUAUAGCAGCGAGUUACAGAAAGAUCAGACGGAGCGGAAGAAGAGAGAGUGGGUUUGGAAACAAUGAUCACUCCUGGAGUCUGGAGAUCAACAAAGGAAAGUGCUUUGCCCACCACAACAAAGAGAAAACAUUCAGUCUGUGAUUGGCUGAGCUCCUCAGGGGGCGUGUCCUCUGGUGAAGGGGGCGUGUCCUCGGGCAGAGUGGGCGUGUUCCUGGACUCUGAGGCUGGAGCUCUGUCCUUCUAUCAGAUCUCCUCUGAUGAAGAACUGUUCCACAUCCACACCUUCUCCUCGUUCUUCUCUGAGCCUCUGUUUCCAGGGUUUAGACUGUGGACUGAAGGUUCCUCUGUGACUCUGGUCGACCUGAGCUCCUCCUGAUGUUGUGUCCACAGAGUCUCCUUCAGACAGAGUCACUGAUGAUCUCUGACAAACUGGGACUUUACCUGGACUUG